AUGGGAAAGGGGAAAAAUAAAGAUAAAGGUGACAAACCACAUCAUUCUGAUGGACAUCAUCAUAGUGUAACUCAUAGCAGAAGACAGGAAGUGAAGCAUGGAGGAAAAAAGGUGGACUUCCCAUGCAAACUAGCUAUGUGGGAUUUCGGACACUGUGAUCCUAAGAGAUGCAGUGGCAAGAAAAUGGAACGGCUAGGAUUAAUUAGAGAUUUAAGAAUCGGACAGAAGUUUCAUGGAGUUGUUGUGACACCAAAUGCCACGGGAGUGGUAUGCCCCGAUGAUGAAGAGAUCGUAUUGAAGAAUGGAAUAGCAGUGGUUGAAUGUUCGUGGGCUCGAUUAGACGAAGUUCCAUUUAAUAAAAUCGGAGGACAUAACGAGAGAUUAUUACCGUAUCUUAUAGCCGCCAAUCCUGUUAAUUAUGGAAAGCCAUUGCGGUUGAACUGCGUUGAAGCCAUCGCUGCUUGUCUUGCCAUUGUAGGAAAAGAAGACUGGGCAUUGGAUCUUUUAAAACACUUUUCCUGGGGUCCUGUUUUUUUGUCAGUGAAUAAGGAUAUAUUGGCUCUUUAUCGGAAGUGUACAGAUCAGGAGAGUGUUUUGAAGGCUCAAAAGGAUUAUUUGGAGACCGUUGAUAAGGAAAGAGAGGAAAGAAGGAAGCAUAGAGGGGAUAUAGAUGUAUGGGAAAUGGGGAACCCUAACCAUGUAGAGGAAGACGAAUCGGACGAAGAGAUCUCUGCCUUAAUAGACAACGACACCCCGAACACUACGCAAAUUAUCACCGCCGUUAAUAAUCUCUCCAUAUAG